ACAUGCAAAAAACCAAGAGGAAGGAAAUCAAUUCUCAGCCAAACCCACUGCAACUCUUCUCAAAAUCUGGUAGGGUAUAGAGUAGAUCACAAGACAAUAGCAACUUUUAGUUCGGUCCACAUUCAUCUGCUUGACUGUAGCUGACGUUAUUCUUUGAAGCUCCAUUUCCCUAUAAAUACACAUUCUUUAUCGCCAUUGCAGAAUCUCACACUUUCCUAACCCCCAUUUCUGAAGAAGAAGAAGAAGAAGAAGAGCGUUGGACUUUGCCCAUCCAUCCCAACUCCCUCUUCUUCUUUCUCCUUAUUAUAUAAAGUAUUCUUCUUGCAAACUUUAAGCUUAAUGGCCCAACCUACAGUUAUUGCUGUUAUUUGUGUUUUUAUUCUGUCACAUUCGUUCAUAUCAGGAGUGCAAGCAACAACCUUUACCAUAGUAAACAAAUGCGAUUAUGUGGUAUGGCCUGGAAUUCUCUCAAACGCAGGUGUUCCAACACUUUCCACAACGGGCUUUACUCUCCAAAGUGGUGAAACCAAAACAAUUACCGCACCGACAUCAUGGGGUGGUCGCUUUUGGGGUAGAACCCAUUGCUCCCAAGAUUCUACCGGAAAAUUUUCAUGUCUGACGGGUGAUUGUGGCUCCGGGAAGCUAGAAUGUUCAGGAAAUGGCGCUGCCCCACCUGCCACUUUGGCUGAAUUUACUUUGGAUGGUGCUGGUGGUUUUGAUUUUUAUGAUGUGAGUUUGGUCGACGGUUACAACAUCCCUAUGUUAGUAGCUCCUCAGGGUGGGACAGGGCAAAAUUGUACCUACACUGGCUGCGUAGCUGAUCUCAAUGACUCGUGUCCUUCAGAGCUCAAGGUGAUGAGCACAGACAGCGGCGACGGCGUCGCUUGCAAGAGUGCUUGCGAGGCCUUCCGCCAGCCUCAGUACUGUUGCACCGGCGAGUAUGGCACACCCGAUACUUGCAAGCCUUCUUCAUACUCGGAGAUCUUCAAGACAGCGUGCCCACAAGCCUACAGCUAUGCCUAUGAUGAUCUGACCAGCACCUUCACAUGUGCGAAUGCUGAUUAUACCAUUACUUUCUGUCCUUCCCCUAACACUAGCCAGAAAUCAUCGCAAGGGCAGAACACAACGACAACGACAACGUCAUCUCUUACCAACAGCACAAUGGUUUACCAAGGUGCCUCGGACGACAGCGCGGCAUCAUCGGCCACGUGCACCCACGUGUUCGGAUCACAUGCGAUUGCGGGAAUCGUUGGCAUCACAUUGGCGAUUUGGUGGUCGCGACAACUCUUCUACCUUGUUGACUAACCUUAUCUGUAGGGCUAGGGGCCACAUAGGGCCGUAAACUUAGAAAUGUUAUAUUAGCAAAGACAGGCAGAAUAUAGCUAAGCCCCAUCUAAACUUUGGUCCAUUGGGGUGGUUGGUGAUGUCCGUAUCAUUAAUGGGCGGGCUUGACUGAUGAUGACGUGGAAUCUAGUCAUGACAGAAAAAACUCACCCGUCAAUUAAAUCGAAGCCCCCCAGCCAUUUGCUCUAUCUAUAACAAUCCAAUUGCCAAUAUGCAGAGUGGUGGGAGUUUUUUUUUUUUUUUUUUUUUUGGGGGGGGGGGUUGUUUGAAGGGCCAAAUGCACGAAAUCGGAGGCUGUUAGGGUUGAGAAAUAUUUUUCUAUUUUUAUUUUAGGUUCAAUUUUUUAAAUUAUAAAAAGGGAUGGAAUUCAUUUGAUUGCUGGUUUUUACGAAUCUAUCAAUUAGAUUGUGUAAACUACUAUCACAUUUGCUUCCAAGAAAAAUGAAUUAUUUUUAUUACCAAUUUUUCUCUCCAUAUUUUGUUUUUUGUUGGAUUUUCUCAUCAUUUUGGAUCACAUAUUCCAACGACAAUAUCUUUCAAUUUCUAUUAUUUGUAAACCUUUUAGCAACAGCGUGCUGCAUGCAACUUUUUUGAUAGCAAUAGCUGUGGAGGAUAAGAUGAUCUUUUUACCUAAUUUGGUGACUCGUGUAAAAUGU